CUGUCAGCAUUGUGUUUACAAAAUCACACAAUUUCCGCGUAGUUUGAUCUGCACUUUUAUUUUUGUAAUUUGAGAUCUGUAUUAAAAUUUGAAUAAGAAAUCGUCGCUUUUUUAUCUUACACCAAUAUACCGGUUCAAAUUUAACUUGCGCUCGUGGUAAAUGAAGAUUAGCGAGUGUGCAGUGCGUGUAUUUCUCCCGUUGUUAUCGACUUGAAGCCAUAUUCUCAGUGCGGUUGCAUUUCCAUCAAUCAGAAAACCAUGACAUCAUCUUGAGUGAGCCGACGUUCUUGUCUGUGUCGGUCGGUCAGUCAUUCAAUCGGACGUGAAUCAAAUCGAAAAUCAUUCAUCCGGCAUCUUCGCAUCGCGAGCUUCGCAAGAAGUCCAAAACAAAGGUGCUACGUCUUCGAUGAUUUCGUGCGACGAACUUGAAGAAAAAUCAACAUCAUAGAAAUAGUCUGCAUCCGUUUUUUUUUGUUUGUGCGAAGGCAAAGAAAGGGGUUUCUGUUGGGACUGCCAAACAAAGAAAAGGCGAAUGUGAAGGAGACGACGACCAGGCGGUGCCGAUAAUGGCCACGACGACAACGUCCGGUAACAGCAGCGAUACCUUCAGCGACGGGACCAUCAACAAUUAUCACGACAUUUACAUUCAACAGGCUAGUACCAAUAGGAACAAUCGAAACAGCAGCGACGACCGUGAAGUAGAUAGGAUUGAACAAAUAAUGAGUACAAAUACGGUUGCUCCGCCGUCAUACAAUUAUCUUCCUACGGCAGCAGCGCCCACCAUAGGGAUCAACGACAGCAGUAGUCGGCUAGUGGUGAUCAGUAGCGAACGCUACCAGCUGCCGGGACCUAGUGGUAGCAGUAGUAGCGGUAACACUAGCGGCAGGACCACGAGUAACGUUAUCAUCGUGCACGGAAACGGUGGUAGCAGUUUUACGACCGGCACCAACCGUCGGGGUGAUCCGCCUAGCUAUGAGGAUGCAAUCAACCGAGAGGAACCGCCACCGUCCUAUGAUUCGUUGUUCGGGCGAGUCCGCGAAGCGCACAAAUCGUCCACCGGAGUGAUGGACUUCCUGAAGAACGUUGUGAUAUUGCUGCUGGGAACUUUGGGUUGCACAAUCAUCCUGGGCAUUACGAUCGUUAUCCCAGUAUGUAUGAUCGUAUUCGGUGCGGUCUACCUUUACGACUGCCCCCAGGGUGAGUACAUUCCGGUGUAUUUGCUGGUUGGCGGUGGCUUUGGAGUACUCAAGCAGUUGCUCCAUCUGUCCACUCGUGUUCGCAGUCGCGAGGAGCAGGAACUGGAACGCCUCAGGCAGUCGCCCACCCAAACACUAAUCAACUGUUUCAUGCUCGGUUGGUUCAUCAUCGGAUCAUUCUGGAUCUACCGAAUUUACGAACCGAACUACGAUCCGGCCAUGGGAAAGUACUGCAACAAGUCGCUGUAUCUGUUCACCUUCUGGUUGAUCACCUCGGUCUACAUGACGCUGGGCAUCAUCACCGUCGUCUUGUGCGGUGUAAGCAUCAUUAGCAUCGCCAUCCAUCGAAGGACAUAACAGUUGAAUGCGCUGUUUGAGGUGUGAACCGACCGGAUCGGGUAGGCCCUCGGCCUGUACAAAGACGAGACAAAAAUCAAAUUGCUUUUGCGUUACAUUUCAUCAGGCUCACCGAUCGAGCGACUCAGGCGAGCUUCAAGUUCCGUCGAGCUGGGGAAGAGUCUGACGAGUCAGUAUUUUUCGCUUUGCUGUUGCAAGUGCUGGAUUUGAUUGUGCCAUCGUCUGCUCCACCUUUUCGGACAGCUCUCUAGAUAGUAAGGAUGCUUAUUUACUUUUAUGUUCCGUCUAUAGGGAAAAACUAUUUAGCCGAUGCACUCCGAUAGACGAAGGAACAUUAGUUGUAGGUUUUUUUGUACAAUGAACAUCUAUAGAAGCGAUCUAUGAUAAAGAUCUCCUCGAGUGUUGUACUCUGGCUCGAUUUUCACGAAAAACCCAUUUUCACUGACGAUUCCCAUUCAUCACGAUUCUUUUUAAAUCGAGUCCCUCUCACAAUCAUCAUGUUUAGGCGUAAGAGUAAGAUGUUGCACAAAACUAACAUAUUUUUGCACGGCUAUCGGCAUAGUUAUACAAUAUGUAAUUAUCUAAAUUAACUCGAUGUUUGUACCUUCGCGAACUUCCAAUAUAAGAUUUUUUUAUUGGAUAUUUAUUUUGGCAGUGCUGGCCAAAUUUUGGAGUAUAAGUCAAAUUUGGUAUUUUGAUAACAUAGAAUUUGAGCAAAAUAACUGACAUUCGUUGAGCCUUUGGCACCGAGAAAUGAAUUUUGUAAUAAUUCGUGCAACAUGCAGUGAUAAUAUCGACAAUUACCAAAGUUAAAAAUCCCACUUGAUUUUUUUUAUUCAUUAUUCAUAUACUGAGAUUGAAUUUCUCGCCAAAGCAAAUUUGCAGUGCAUAAUAUUCUUUUGCUAUCGGGAAUGUUUCCGUUACACAUUACAGACAAACUGGGAUCUAUGGCCGGUUUGUUGCCGUUACUUUCAAUCAUCACGUCAGUUGCUUAUUGAAACUGGGUCGAUUUGAUAGACAUUGAUAAACCAUGUUAUGAAUAUCCCUUUAUCCCCUGUAUUUUAGUUUACGUUUUCUAACUUUAUGGCUACUCAUUACUAGACCAAAAUUUGUAAAAGGGGUACCAGAAAAAAAUAUUGAUGUAUAGCUUUUAGUGUGGUUCAAAUCUUGAAACGACUUAUGCCAAAUCAACUCAAAUUUUUGGAGGACACGCAGAACAUGAGACAGAAUCAGAUGAGUAAAAUAGAUUUUAGGAACCACCCUAAUAGCUACAUUCAUAGACAAAUAAUUGGACAUAAUAAUGUUUGGCUGUUACAGUAAAAUACAUUUACUGCGGGAUGAAUUUACUGUAUGUAAAAUUAAGUAGAGCUUAUUGAAAAAAAAAAAUGUCUGAAUUUGAGCAGACUCAUUUUUGUAUUAAGGACAAGUAGAACCAGAUAGGCGAAGACUGUUGGAUUUAUUUUUCUUCAUAACAGUAGUGAGUCUGUCUGUACUCUUACAACACUGCUGAUACAGUAUUUAAGAUCACAACUAAAAUAGUUAGCGUGUCGAAUUGAUUAAUCGAAAUGAUAUUUAUAUCAUUAUGAAGUUGUCAAAACGUAUUCCCUUCUUAUCUACAUAAAUUUAUAUGUCACUUCCUACUACAUUUUUCCUAUACCAGUUACAAGCGAGAAUAUAUAUCUACAUAAGAAUUGAAUUAAAACAAUCAA